AUGGCAGCCUUCUACACGUCACCUAGUAGAUUCGCUGGGCAAGAUGUACCCAACGAAUACCUGCAUGACAUCUUAGAAGAGCAGAUGCGCAAGGUGAUCGUGUGCGAACCUGGCUGGCCAGAUUCCGGUUGUCUCCUGGCAGACAUGGGAAUGUUCUUCGUUCGGUCAGUCAGUGUGCUUUCCAAGGUUGCGGAUAGCACAGUGAAUGGAAACCACAUCGACAAUUACACAAGAAGAAGACUGGAUGACAUGGAGCGAAUCAAUGACUUUUGCGAGCUGGGUUCACUAGACUAUUUGAACGAGAAACAUGAGUCUCUCAAAUCACUUGCUUGCCGUUUGCAGCAGUUUGCCAGCGAGCUCGACGACCUUUGGGACUUGAGCAAAAACCCCCCCUUCUCUUCGAACCCAGUACCCCCUAGUCCACCCACGCGCUCGAAACUCCCAAUGCAUACCAAAGACCGUGCGAGAUCCGCCUCUAGCAUACCUCAACAGAACCAGACAUGGGCAUACGGAGGCUAUGUAGAUGCGGGUCCAGAUGCGCCUCGCAUAGUAGAAUUCGACGAGGAUGAGCCACCUGACGAUCUGCCGGAGUCAUCGACUCAAGCUGGUGGACGUUCUGUUAGAGACAACUAUACUAGGAGCGAUGAAGCACGAUCGGAAUACGACAUCCAGGAAAGAAUAUCUGAGCUCCUUAGCACACUCGAGAAAAGCCGUGGAACUGGCCAGCACAUAUGUCCUUAUCAGUAUACAUGCGAGAAGGGCGGGGUAGAGAAUGGAAGGCUGAAAACUUUUGGGAGAAACUCGGACUUCAGGUUCGUACAGUAG